CACUAAAUAUAUAUUGCCCCACAAGAAAGUGGAACUCAAACACGUAUGACUUUCACCUGGUGGUACCAACGUUCAGUGUGUUCAUUACGUAUCGAAACUUUUCUUUCUCUAAACACAAAAUUCACAGAUCACAGUCUUAUUUUAUCAAUGACAUCUGUCAAAUAACAACUAUAAUAAAUUUUGUGGUUUUAAUAAAUUAUUAUAUUUUUCAAUCUACAAAUUUAUUAUAAAUAAAAUUGAUAAAUAAUGGAUAAAUUAUAUUUUUUUUUCAUGGUGAUUGUGUUGAUGUUUGCAUUGUUAAUAUCAGCAAAUGACGCAUCAAUUGCUGAACCAAAGGCUCCAAAUUUUCAAUAUUUUGAAAGACCAAAAUAUCGAUAUCCUUAUUAUGAUGAACAUGGACGUGGACGACUUCUUUAUGGAUAUGGAGGAGCUGAUUUAUAUGAAUAUCGUACAUACAGUGCACUUGAAGGAAUUCAUUGACC